AUAAUUGUGUUAUCUGCGUGUUACUUUCUUGGCAGCCAUAAUACAUCCGGUUCUGACGUCAUAAUCGGGGAUCACGUUCAAUACGAGAUGUAGCACGUGAUCACUAUUGGCAACAGUAGACGCUUGAUUUUUUUAAACAUUUGCAUGAGUAUACCCAACCUAAAUGAGCCAUGAGUGAAGCCGCAACUUUUAAUUUUCCCCGCCUCAUGCCGAAGGCUGUGCCAAGGAGAUAUGAAGAGACAAAGCCUGUCCUUAUCCAAGGCUGUGCCCAUUCCAAAAUCAUAGGUCUUGGCCAUGAGCUCCAUCAGAAAGAACUGGAAAAGGCUGAGAAUGAGAAACUGCAGUCCAUCAGAGUGGCUGAGGAGGCUGUAUGGGUGGAGGCAGAGAAGCUCAAACAGGCAGCAGUCCAGCAAACCAUGCAAGAGGCAGCUAUCGAGCAGGAGAAGGUCAUCAAGAAGCUGAAGAAGCAGCAGGCAAAAGCCAUACUGGAGGAGGCAUUGCGUGUGGAGAUGGCUAUGCAGAAGCUGGCAAAGGAGCAGGUGAAGCAGGAGCGUGCUGAGGGUGAGCAACGUCUCCUGAAGGCCGUCAAGGAAACUGAGGAGCGAUGUAAGAGGGAGCUGGUGGCCGCCGUGGCCAAUAAACACCAGGAGAUGGAACAGGCUGCAGCUGCAGAGGCUCAGAGAGUGGCACAAGAGAAUCAAAAGAAGUUUGAUAUCGCUAUGAGAAAGGCUGAAAAUGAGAAAUCCCAGGCACUGAAGGAAUUACGUGACUCAAAAGACAUUGAUCGUGCCAAGGCAGUGCAAGAGGCAGAAAGUCGUGAACGGCAAAUUGCAACAGAAAAGUUACAGGCCUUGACCAGCAUGUAUGAAAAAGUCUUUGAUGAAAUGAAGAAAGAGAACGAUAACGCCUAUGAAGUAUUAAACAACCUUCAGAGUGAAAAGGCCCAGAUUGAAAAACAAAAGAUUGAUGUUGAAAACUGCUUCAUGGACACUCGAAAAGACUUCCAGGACUUUAUUGACAAUCUUCCACCUUAUGAUAAAAUGCAAGCUGAUUUCAUGCUGCCCAGGAUUUAUUUAGAUGAGUUGGAAAAAAAAGGUUACACAGUUACCGCACUACGACCACCUAUAUCAAAGAAACCAUCAAAAAAGAAAGCACCUGUAGCAAAAUAAAUUGCUUUCUUUUAUUUUAUAAGACUGUUUAUUUUGAUGAACUUUAAAUCCUAUGUCCUCAAAUAGUUCAUAUAUUAUCUGGGCCAGGAACAACAGGGUUUUUAUGAGAUUAUACAUUUAUAUGAUGUAUAUUUUGUGAAAAAAAAUAGCAUUCUUAAGCGAA